AUGUACACUGAUCAUCAGGGCACUGAUGAUCAGUGUGCCCUGAUGGACACGGACAGUGCUCAUCAGUGCCACAUCAAUGCCACAUAUCAGUGCAUACCAGUGCACAUCAAUGCCACAUAUCAGUGCUCAUCUGAGCUGCCUUUCAGUGUCACCUAUCAAUGCCAUCAGUGCCGCCUAUCAGUGCCAGUCAAUAACGCCUAUCAGUGCCACCUAUCAGUGUCAUAUAUGAGUGCUGCCUUUUAUUGCCCAUCAGUGAUGCCUGUCAAUGCCCAUCAAUUCCACCUACCAGUGCCUCCUCAUCAGUGCCCAUCAGUGACACCUAUCAGUGCCCAUCACUGCAGCCUCAUUAGCGCAUAUCAGUGAAG